UCGUUACAUUUUUGCAAAAAAAUGAAAAAAAUUAAACUGAAAUAUGUAAGAAACAAAGCAGGAAAAUUGUUGGGAGCCCUAUACAAUCGAAUAACUAGUCCUUAUUUAAAUAAAAGCUAAGAAAAUCAAAAGAUCCAACUAAGCUUGUGAUAUUAUUUCUGCAUAUUUUGUGUCUUAUUAUUUAAAGAACCCAGUCUGCUCUAAUUCAGGCCAUUUUCUAUUCUGUGUUCAGGUGCUUCUUGUGUUUCACGCACAUUAAGCCUGUUAGAGGUCUAUUAUUGCCCACUUCCUCUGGGGAAAUGUAAGUACCAGACCACUCGUGGGAAUUCCCCCCUCCCCUUCCUGUAAAAUUGGCGCGCGGUUUCUAUGUCAGUUGGAUCUGUGCAACAGAUGGGAUGAGGUGCCACGCGCCAGGCACGAGCCUUGCAACCACCACCCCCCCAGCGACCCCUCAACCCGCAGGAAAAGGAAUCGCAUCCCAUUGAAGCAGCUUGAGCAGAAAAAAUUAAUCAUACUGAUCUGACACCGAAGGAGCGCGAUGUGCAGACUGAUGUAAAUACUUUUUAAAACUAGGAUAUAGUCUAUAUAUCAGAAUAUGAGGCUCUUUAAAAUUGGUGCCCCUCCAUGAUUCCCAAUUCUUAAAUUCUCUUAAUCAUUAACUCCUAAUGGGAAAUCAAUGUAGACAGACAUUUCAUAAUAGUAAAAGCACAUUUGUUCGACAGAGCUUGAUAAAAGUGUUUGGAUAAACAAUAAACCUGAUGGACUGUGGUCGUCUUGUUAUAAUAGGCCUAUACCUGGUUUUAUCCACUUAGCCCUGGCCAAUUAGAGUUAUGGUUAUGGAGUCAUCCACCUGUGAGGUCCUGAAAUCAUUUUCACAAUUCGCAUCCUUUUUUGGAUCAGAUGUUGUGAAUCACUGUUAAACACCUCAUUUGGCACCGAGAUGCUCUUUACUUUAAAGGUUAGUAUGCAAUAGAGGCCUAGACAGUGGUACAGGUACAGGGUGCAGAUGCAUAGGAAUAUAUAUCCUUGCUGCCAUCAUUUGGUGAUGUUAAGUAUCACAGUUAGUGCUGGACUUAAAAUCCUAAACAUUCUCACUCCAAAUAGAUAGAUAGAUAGAUAGAUAGAUAGAUAGAUAGAUAGAUAGAUAGAUAGAUAGAUAGAUAGAUAGAUAGAUAGAUAGAUAGAUAGAUAGAUAGAUAGAUAGAUAGAUAGAUAGAUAGAUAGAUAGAUAGAUAGAUAGAUAGAUAGAUAGAUAGAUAGAUAGAUAGAUAGAUAGAUAGAUAGAUAGAUAGAUAGAUAGUCGGUCUAAAUUAAAAGCUAAAACCAGGUUGAACAUCACUAGUAUUUCUUUAUCUUUAGGAUAAUCUUUAAAAAUUAAGAUAAUAUCCUAACAUGGCUGCUCAAGGUUAAAUUAGGCUAAAUUACGGGUUCAUUUACAUCCUCUUUGCAACCAACUAAUUAUGCAUAUGCUGUGGUUGUACUUAAAAAUAACAUUAUUUGGAAUAUUUUAUUAAAUCUGAAACAACAUCAAGUCUGCCUGUACUGGUUCAGGGUCCAGGUGUAUUUUAAAAAUGCAGACUAAACGUGCUGGAAAACAAUGAAAUGAAAAAUAGAUUAUUAAAAAUUGGUAUUUCAUUAAAUAUAUUUUAAAAUCUGGAAGUAAUGAGGCCUAACUAUGUAUCUGCUAUAUAAAUAUAAUUUGUUAUUUUCCAACCUCCGGAAUGUGUCUAGUUCUUUAAAAGGCCACUAGAUGGAACUCUACAAUGAGCAAUUUACGGGGUCUUAAAAUGUUAAUGCAACAUUAGUAUUUAUGAAGCUUUGCAAAAAUAAACUUUUAGAAUAAUGUCUGACGUCAGCAUUUGGUCAUAGGGUAGCUUAGUCAGGCUUUGACAGUUUUCUCUGUUGAGCUGUUUUGGAAAGGAGGGACUUCUGCUGGCCGACAGGUUGUGCGCACUGCUCCUUUAAUGUGUGAGCCGAUUUUUAGCCAACAUCUACUACCGGCUAAACGGACCUCCCCCUGCUGGAUUAUUUAUCAGGUGAUCAGUCCCAUGUCGCCAUCUGCUAAAAGAAGAGAAAACAGCAAGAGUCUACGAGAUAUACGAUAGGAUGCAUUAACUGGGCAGAAAAAGUAAACAAACAAUAAAUAGGUAGAUAGUUUACAGGACUGAGGACGCCUUGUGCAACAGGUGUUUGGAGGAAUCCUGCUUGUCAGGUGAAGCUGAAGCGGAUAUUUUAUUUAAUAAGUCUAAGGAAUACUGGAAGUGUUCAGUGAGUUUUAUUACAGCAUGGAAAAAAGUCUGAAAUCCUAAUUUUUGGAACGGAUUCCGUUUUUCCUCGUCGCUCCAUAAAUAGGCUACGCAUGGAGCAAUAAUUAAGCCUGUCCACUGAAUUAACCUGGAGACUGAGGUGACCGGGGGGGUUUAUGGAUGCAGCGCUGCUGACUCGGUGAACUACAGGUAGGGUGGGGGGGUCAAAGUAGGCAACCGGGGAAAGAAGCCGUCUAGCCCGCAGCAGCCUGCAGCCAUGGUGGUGGAGGGGGACAGGGCGCUGCUUGCAGCCAGGCAGGGAGACGUUCAGACGCUCAAAACGCUCUUAGCUGCAAAGGUCCUCAGCAGCGAGGUGAAGGAUGUGCUGGGAGCCUCACCGGUCCACCACGCAGCCCGGGCAGGAAAGCUGGCCUGCCUGCGUUUUUUGGUAGAGGAAGCGGGACUGCAGGGGAACUGCGUGGCCAACAAUGGGGCCAGUCCCGCUCAUGAUGCGGCAGCCACGGGUAACCUGGCCUGCUUACAGUGGCUGCUGACCCAGGGGGGGUGUCGGCCAGAGGAUAAGGACAGCUCUGGAGCCACGGUUCUCCACCUUGCGUGUCGCUUCAGUCACCAGGAGAUCACUGAAUGGCUGCUGAAGAGUGGUGAGGUGGACCCUGGUGCCUCCACAGAUACAGGAGCCCUUCCUGUCCAUUAUGCUGCUGCCAAGGGAGACCUGGCUUCUCUCCGACUGUUACUGGGACACAGUCCAAAUGUUGUCAACUCCCAAACUAAGAAUGGUGCCACGCCACUCUACCUGGCCUGCCAGGAGGGUCAUCUGGAGGUUAUCCAAUACCUGGUUAAGGACUGCGGGGCAGAUCCGAGCAUCAGAGCCAAUGAUGGGAUGACAUCUCUGCAUGCUGCUGCUCAGAUGGGCCACAACACUGUUAUCGUCUGGCUGAUGAGUUUUACAGAAAUCAGCCUGACAGACAGGGAUGGUGAUGGUGCCACAGCCAUGCACUUUGCAGCCAGCCGGGGUCAUGCAAAGGUGCUCAGCUGGCUGCUGCUGCACGGGGGAGAGAUCGUCACUGACAACUGGGGAGGGACCCCCCUUCAUGAUGCUGCAGAGAAUGGUGAACUGGAGUGCUGUCAGAUUCUUGUGGUUAAUGGGGUGGACUUGGGCAUACGGGACCAGGAUGGCUUCACAGCUGCGGACCUUGCAGAAUACAAUGGCCACUCCCAGUGUGCCAAGUAUCUGCGCACAGUGGAAAACAUGAGUGUGGAGCAUCGCGUUUUGUCUCGAGACCCCUCAACUGAGCUUGAGUCUAAGCAGCCAGAUUCGGGCCUCUCAUCUCCAAACACCACCAUGCCUCCAGCCAACCAGGCAGUACACUUCGACAUCGGUUCACCAUCCAGCUCUCUGUCCAACUAUGACUCUGCCAACUCCAGCCAGUCCAGCACCGGGGAGAAGAGAAGCAGCCUUACAACAUCUCGAGGCCCUCCUACCCAGCUAAAUACAGUGGCACAUCAAGGUGCACCAGAAUCAGCUAUUUCAGACAUGCAGGCCUACAUGGAUAUGCUGAACCCAGACAUCGCUGCUAAUACGGAUGAGACAAUGGCCGUUGCUGUAUCCAAGCCUCCACCACCUCCAACAUAUCCUCCACCACCUCCUCCUCAAGCUCCCCCAGGGCCCCCACCUGCCCCUAGCUAUCCAGCGCCCCAGCCUCCUCAAGAGCCGCUAUCAGCCGAGUUCCUCAAGGUGAAAAGCAACUUGCGGCAUGUGGACAAUAAAAGCAGCAAAAAGGAGCUAACCCCAGAAGAGAGCCACGACAAACUGCGGCGAGUGGAUUCAAACCGGAAGUCGAGGAGCUUCAACAAACAGCCCAGCACUGGGGAGUAUUACAAAAGUUUGGGCAACGACACAGCGGGGCCCUGUGGAAGCAAAGGCAUGGCGCCCAAUGAGGAGGGUUCUGUGUUAUUGGAGGAGUCAAAUGAAAAUCCAAACCCAGCCUCUGAAAAUGGCACCACAGAGGAAUCUGUGCCCCCUCCACAACCACCUCCACCACCUCCUCUUCCUCCCAGCAAUCCAAUGCCAACACCCCCUCCCCCUCCUCCACUACCCACUGGGACACAAGCCACCCAGAAUAAUGGCAACACCACCCCCAGCUCCAAUGACAAGAGGCGCCCGUCUUCCUCAUCAGGAAGUGGUAAUAACUCUACUUCCCACUCAGAUGGAGGGCUGCUUAGACAGAUGAAGAGCACAAAAUCUUUCAACAUGAUGUCCCCCACCGGAGACAACUCAGAGCUGCUGGCAGAGAUCAAAGCAGGAAAAAGCCUCAAGCCCACACCUCACAGUAAAGGCUACACCACUGUGUUCUCCAACACAGGGCCAACAGGAAACAAUGGAACCACCACACCUCCAGAGACUCAGUCAUCUCCCUCACCUGCCAAACCACCCUCCCCUCCACAAUCCAGCCCACCUGUUACCACCCCACCUGUAACCUCCUCACCUGUUACCUCCCCACCUGUAACUUCCUCACCCGUUACCUCCCCACCUGUUACCUCUCCACCCAUCACCCCAAGCCCGAGCCCCAGUCCCAGCCGGAGUCCUACUGGUUCCAGGACCAUGUCAGCCUCGACAAGCUACGAGCAGUUUUCCUCCAACUCCGUGGUUAAUGGGAAUGGCGGAGCUGGUGUGGCGGAGUCAGGAAGGAAGACAAGCCUCAACGACAUUGAGGCGCUUGUGCCCACUCAUGACGAGCAGGGGAAAGCCAUCCCUGAGUGGAAGAGGCAGGUGAUGGUGAGAAAGCUUCAGGCCAAGAUGCAAGAGGAGGAAGAGCACAAACGCAAGGCUGAAGAGGAAGCGAAGCGGUUGGCUUCAAUGCCGGCCUGGAGGAGGGAUAUGAUGAAGAAGAAAAUAGAUGAGGAGAGAUGUGACAGGGAACAAAAAAGAAAAGCAGAACAGCAGGCCAAGCAGGCGAAGGAGACAGAGGAGAAGCAGGAGCUGGAGCGACUACGGACCCUGGGCUACGAUGAGACCAAGCUGGCCCCCUGGCAGCGGCAGCUCAUUCUGAAAAAAGGGGACAUAGCCAAAAAGUGAACUGGAUCGUUUUUGCAGCGUUCUGCACCCUCACACACAUAGUCCAAAGCGCCUCCCUCCUUCAUUCUUUAAACUGAACAGAGAGAAGAGAGGAGAGCUUGUUUUCCCCUGACUUCUCUUGUGCCCCCAGCAGCUCAGGCCUCCUGCCUGUGGUUGCUGCUGUCCACACAAGCUGAGACGGCUCAGGUGAAACACGGCAGAGUGAUCUUACACCUUUUACUAAAAGUCUCCUGCUCACAAAGGGUUGUUCUUUUAGCACAGCAUUCCUGACAUGCACUAAACCUUUUUUUUUUCUUUUUGCUAUUGUACUUAAGGCACUUAGUAUAAAUUACUCUUAGUUAUAUUUACAUUUCUGUAAAACUACAAAACACUGGAGUAUGAUUUCAUAUAAGGAGUUAAGGUUUUUGAUAGAUGUCGUUUGAGGCCGUUGUUGCUAUGAAAUUUUCUAUUUUUCAGUCAGUUUAACCUCUAGGUUAAUGAAAGGAAAAUAGCAGUUUAAUGUCUUUUUAAAGCAGGUCUUAUCAUUAAGCAGCCAAUGUAUUCUGAGUAUAGGUAGAAUCCCAUCAAUGUGGUGUCUUAGUUAUAGAAUUUGGUAUCAAGAUUAAAAAUGGAUCUACUGUCCUAUAGGAAAGUAGUUCAGCUGUUUUAAAACCAAGGUU